AUGGCAGACCUAGAGAUUGAAGAUAAGGUAUGGGAAUCAGAGGUGAUCUUCAUUGAUUCUCUCAAGCAAGAAGGCACUGUGUACCGCCAUGUGCCAAACCUCAAACUUGACCCUACGGAUAGGGACCCAGAGCCCUUAGGCACAUACUGUCCAGAGGGGGAAUUCUAUGUCAGACUUGUAAGGCGUCAGUGCGAAAGACUUAGCGUGUUGGAAAAGGAGCCGGAACUAUAUUUAUCUGUCCAUUUUCUCAACAUCUGUAUGACUGGUGACAGCAAAACCCACUACCAAUGGCAGGCUUACCGAACACCUCAACACGAUGACGACAUGGUUUUUCAGCCCAUAAAAGGAAUAGACGGCAAUCGCACAGGCUAUUAUCGACCGGUCAAAGAGCUGGAGUAUCGGAAGUGGAAGAGUAUGAUAGAAAGCCCCCCCGUGGGCACUGGUAAGGACACGAUCAGAGGCGGGUAUCAAGUUCCUGCUCGCAGACGAAAUGGCAGGGCGGAGAUGGUCGGGCUGCACAAAAGGUUCACGAGCAUGGCAGAUGCUGAGUUAUGGGCGAGUAUAUUUCGGAGUGCAACAUCACUAUGGAGCAUCAGCAAUGCAGGAGCUGCGUUCCGUGGUAUUGACCCUAAGGGGAUCACGGUCUACAUCCUGCCAAGUUCAAGAGUCAGGGGAAUCGGUGAAGGAGCUAAUAUCACUUGGACCGAUGUGAAAGAUGGAUUCGAGGAAUUGCCCAGCCGUCUGAGCACCAAGUACACUGUUUUGGAAAAUAGUCAGGCUAUUGAAGACAAGGGGUUGGUGUUGUAUUCCAACAAUCCCUUUUUCUACUACAGCUCAUACGUUUCCAAGGAUACCGCAGAGGCAUUUGGAUUAUACUCUUCUCGGCCUCUGAAGCUCUAUACCGACGAGGCAGGUGACAAGCUAGCAGAGAAGAUGGAGCCUCGCCAAUCAGAUGUCAAGAUCCAGAAGAGACUUGCCAGAGAUGGAAUCGUGAUGGAGAGAACUAAUGGAUCUAUUAGCCUUUCGGCUUCCCGUAUGCUGAAGGCUACUUCCAAGCGAAGCGAGACGAGCUCACAAAAGACUGUGAUGGGCAUUUCGGCACCGGAGGCGUGGGAAACGAGCCAAAUCCAACCCAACAUGAUGUUUGGCACAUGGGAAAUGAACUCGUGGAUGCUCAGAUACGAAGCUGCCUUUCAAAGGCUGUUCAAGCUCGAGCGCGACUUCAGAAAAAAAGCCGAGGUGGUUGGCCAGUUACGCUUCGAAUCCUUCGAACCUCCCGAGCAAAAUGAAAAGUCUUGGUUCGACAGCUGUGACUGGAUCCAUUUCGAAAUACAAUGGAAUCUAGAGAUGAAGGAAAAGUCACAUCUCCUUGAUAGAGACUUGCUAGCUAUGGGCUUGAGGAUCAACCCUUUUAAUAGAUCCUGCUUCACCAAGGGUGAAGCCAUGGUCGACAUCGCCUUGCUCAAAACGAUUUUCAAUCGCAAGGCAGAGGGCUUACCUAGGGCGAUGAAGAGUGAAAGGCUUGGAGCAGAGUCCGUGUUGACCAUUAGUAUGGGCAAGCAAGAUGAUGGGAGGGCCUUUGAGGUGCUUCUAGCAGAUCUUGAAACCCAACUUGUUUUGUCAGGCAACAUCAACCGAUUAGACUCCCCUGACGACCUUCAAUCUCAAUUUACUCAGCCUAGAGACUCUCUCUUUACGGCUGUUAACAAUGAAGCUGUUGAGAUGAAGACCCUGGAGGCACCAGGAAAAGGGGACAUGAUUGUUGUUGGAGGUAUCCCCUUGACCAAUACCAGACUGAUUGUCCUGGAUCACCAGGGCAAGUACGCAAACCUCCCAGUCACUGUUCGGGGUAUUGAUAGCUUUGCCAACGAGGCUGGACUACUGUUGGUACCAGCCGCUCGAGAAGGCCAAAUCACCGUCGCCCAAGCAUCAAAGACGAAGCCUAUCCUCAUAUUAUCCUCAUCUCCACGCCUCGGCAUGGAGGUUAUUGCGCCUUCAAUCGCUACAGUCUCUCAGGUGGCUGAGCUAGCCACUAAAACCUUUAGAGAGGCCGGCGCGUUGCCUGCUGCAGAUUAUGUCCUCCAAGGCGACGUUCAAGGGCUGUUUGGCAUUCCUGGUCUUAGCGGUGAGCUGUUGAGUAUUCAGGGCUCAGGUCCCCAGGACCCAAUACAGGAGAAGGUCAAACCCUACCUCAGCAGCUCUGCUGAUGGUUACAUUGCGACCCUGUUUCCCUCGCUCAACAGCGAUAUAAUCCAGAAGUUACCGAUAGAUAACGUUGAGUUUACGUACUCGAACAAGCUCGACGACUUUCAUAACCCGGAGGGACUAUCACUGAACGCUGACAUUACCUUUACGGGGCCGCUAAGUCCUGUAAAAGAGCUACUGCAGUUCAUCUACAGUGGAAACGAAGACAACACGCCACCCACAAAACUUCGAGUCCAGGCGCGACUGAGCCCAGAAAGAAAUUGGCGUGAGCCGCUAGAGUUGAACAACUUUGCCUUGCGAGGCUCCGUCGAUCAAUCGCUUUGGCUUGGAGAUAUUAUAAGGUUCCGGAAGGUCGGCGUAGAAGUGUCUGUAAUCAGCAUUUCAUCGUUUGACAAUGACAAGAACAAGACAACCUGGAAGCUUGGAUAUGGAUUGUGUGGAGAGCUGGAGAUCAGCAAGAUUCAAAAAACCGGUUUGCCACUGACCGUCAAAUACUGGAUGAGAAAGAUUGGCGAUACCUACAGUCUCAGCAUGGCCCUUUCAUCGCACGAAUGGACUUCCGUCUUUGGUAUUGAGAAUCUUGAUUUCCAAGCUUCGAUAGACAUUAACAACUUGGAAGAGUCUCUUGUACUAGGUGUCAGUGCAAUGAUGAAGCUUGGCGAUGGGGAUAUCUUCCUAGCAGGGCAGUAUUCAAAAUCGGAAACCUACCUAGAAGCUGAAGUCGGGAAUAUGACAUGGGAUGAAAUCGUGAAGGCUUACACCCAAAUCACAGGCAAGUCUGUUGACGCUGCAACAAAUAUCGAUGAGCUGGAGUUCGAGAAUAUGUACAUCAUGUUUUCUACUGCCGGGAUCGAGAUCAGGGGCAAGAUCUGCUUCAACGGCGCAACCAGUGCCGCGGGAUACAUCAUGUUCGACGAUGAGGGCCUAUCUAUAGGCGGUGCCAUUGGAAGCUUUCAGGUUCCCGACACGAACAUAGUGAUUGAAGAAGCUGGUCUUGACAUAUUCAUUGGCUCUAGGGGAAGUGACAAGACAAGUGGUCGAGCUAGUAGGCUAGCGCUCAAGGGUCUCGUCCAUUUUCAAGGCAUCAGAGUGGCUGCGGGACUUGAAACCAGCACUGAUGGGUCGCCGAACUCACGGAGAUGGAUUGUCUAUGGUGCCUAUGAAGGUAAUCUUCGACUGUCCGCGUUGGAGGCAGCUAAGACUCUCAAAGAGCAUCCAGAUCUGGAUAUUGAACUAAAGUACGUGGCCAUCAUAGCAUCCAACAAAAGGGGCAUCUGGACAGACCCUUUGAGCAAGAGAAAAUACUCUCUUUCUAAUGGGCUCUCACUCUUUGCACUCAUCGAUCCCCUACCAGCAAUCAACAACCUCGCAAGGAACAAGACAGUCCGUGGAUUGACUCUCAUCGCUUCUAUCAGUGCUGAGAGGCUCUCGGUGGCAAUUGAGCUUCCAGACAGUAUCGGUAUAGAUAUGGGCGAUAUUGCAAAGGUCGACCGGUUCUCUGUUAGGCUGGACAUCUCAAGCACGCCCAAUUUGACGCUCAGCUGCGACUUACGAAUCAACAUGGCUCAACAGCCACCGCUGACAUUCCAUUCCAAUCUUAAGGCAUUACUACACGAAGCAAACGGUGAAAUUUACCUUGACCCCGAGGUCCCAUGGAGGAAUCCUUUUGGCGUUAGCGAUAAGAUUGUCGUGCAGAAGCUGGGCGGCAGUGUUGCGUUCAGAUAUGCAAGCGUUCUGGUGGAAGGCCCAAGUGAGCUUGCCUUUGGAGGCAUGGUAAAGUGCGGUAAUUUCACGGGAGAAGCUUUUAUUGUCGUGACUAAAUUGCCUACUCGUCAAGUUCUCAAGGUCAAUAUAUCAAAUGUCAACGUGAGUGAGCUAAUUAGAAUGGCUGGGGAAAUUGGAGACUUGGACGCACUGCGAAAUAUCAGCGCCGGCGACUUUCUUGUCUUCAAUAAAGCUGAAAUGUACUUCUCUACUGGUAUUGAAGAAGCCCUGGGAGAGGAAUUCCCUGCGGGAAUCUCAGCCAAGGGAGAUGUCACGGUGUUCGGGAAGAGGGCCAACUUCGAGGCAUCACUGGGCUCAGGGGGCUUCGAGCUGAGGGGCGAAGUGGAUGCCUUCAAGAUUGGCCCCCUUGAGGUGCGCUCUGCCAGCGGAAACCCACGAGCGAAGCUUCAAAUUGCCACGACUUCCGAAAAGCAACUGUUGGAGAUUGACGGCUUGGUAAUCAUCGGAGGAGACGAAGACCAGAUCAAGUUUGAUCUAAGAGCCGUGGCCACAAACGUGGCGAACCUCAAGGACCUCUCACAAGCAAAUGUGAACUUCACUCUCACUCUCAACACUGAAAUCUUGGAGCUUUUCUACAACGGUAUUCUCGACUUCUUAGCAGAGCUGCAAAAUAUAGUCACAGCAUCAACAGAGGCGCUCGAGUUUGUGCUUCAGAAGAGGAGGAACGAGAUUUCUGACGAGGUCAAGAUUAAGAAGAAGCAAAUUAGUGCUCUGAAGACCAGAAUCGUGGAAGAGAAGGAAAUACGCGAUAAGGAGAGAGCCAAAGCGGAGCUAAAGAAGCUGGAGGCGGAGGCUGAACUAGAAAAGCUGCAGAGGGCAGCAGAUACUACUAAGCAGGCCAAAAAAGAAGCCGAGGGUGAGCUCAAAGACCUCUUGAAGCAGAUCGACCUCGAUCGAGAGGCGAUAAAGGCGGAAAAGAGUCUCGAGUGGGCUUCUCUCCUUGAAAGUGCAGAGAAAGAACAAGAAAGGCUGUCAAAAGAGAGAGCCGAGCUGCAAGGCAAGAAGAAGUCAACGUUCGGGAAUGUUGCCCUUGAGCUGGAGAAGUAUACCGAAUGGUUCAAUAUAGCGAAAGCGAAAUUGGCAGGACUUCUAGCGGACUCGAACGAGAGGAAGAAGAACUUGCCAAAUCUGGGAAUACUUGCAAGAGUUAAAGAACUCAUCUAUAUCAAUACGAUCGACGCAGCAGCCACCUUUCUCACUAACAGACUUGAAGAGGGCGCGGGUGUUCUCCAGGACUACAGAGACACCCUCAAUCGGCCGGAAUUUCGCGACAUAGAAAUUCAGAUCCAGGAAAAAGACGCAGCGCUCCAGAAAGCAACCGAAAUGGUGGACAGGCUUGCUAAGCAGGGCCUUGAAGGUUUCAUCGAGGCAGCACUGGAGGAUAAAGACAAGUUUUUGAAAGCCAGGAAAGCUGAGCUCGAUGCCAUGCAAGAUGGAAACUCGCGAUGGAUGCAGGCCAUUCGUGAGGCACAGGCCAAACUUGAUGCUGGGCGACCUGAUCUGGAUCGCAUCAUCGACGAGGAGCAAGAGAAGAUCAACCAAGCUAGAGACAGCAUGCAGCUCCGCCAGCUACAGCAAGAGCUACAAUCAGCCGAGGAUGAAGAGAUGCGUAAGCGAGAGCAGCAUGACGCCAUCAGUACGGGUUUGCGCAUGAUUCAAAACGAGAUCGAUAGGGGUUCUGAGUCGGUACGACAACUGGUGCAAAGCGUCAAGCCGGUCAAUUUCAAGAUCAAAGGAGUGACGAUUACGGCAGACGGUAAGGAGAUAGCCCAGGGGCGUGCUAUGAGUUUCAAGAUUACCGUUGAGCAUGAGGGCAAGAUGAUCAUACUGGAGGAAACGUGGGCGCCUUUCCAGAAGCCAGCUGAAUUAUAUCGGGAUAUCAUGAAGGGGCUGCUUAAGAACUGA